AUGAGCGUUACCACAGCCGCGCCCGUGGAGGCCAAAACCGAGCCCCAGAAGCUAAGCGGCUUGAACCUGUAUUCGCGAUUCGCAUUCGCCGGAGCCGUCUGCUGUUCCGUCACCCACGGAGGUCUCACCCCCGUCGAUGUCGUCAAAACCCGUAUCCAGCUCGACCCUGUCACCUACAACCGCGGCCUCAUCGGUGGCUUCCGCCAGGUCAUCCAGAAUGAAGGCGCCGGCGCCCUUCUAACCGGUGCCGGUCCUACAUUCGCCGGGUACUUCCUACAGGGUGCGCUGAAGUUCGGUGGUUAUGAGUUCUUCAAACAGCAGUCGAUCAACACUAUCGGCUAUGAAAAUGCCAGAAACAACCGUAUCGCCGUCUACUGUGUUUCGUCGGCUUUUGCGGAGUUCUUCGCUGAUAUUGCGCUCUGUCCGCUUGAGGCGACCCGUAUUCGUUUGGUGUCGGAGCCGACCUUUGCUAGUGGCCUUGUUUCUGGGUUCGGGAGGAUUGCUCGUCAGGAGGGUCUUGCUGGGUUUUAUUCUGGCUUUGGGCCUAUUCUGUUCAAGCAGGUCCCGUAUACCAUGUCCAAGUUCGUUGUCUACGAAAAGGUCGCCGAGUUCGCCUACGCCAACUUCUUCGAUAAGGAGAAGACUAGCGACGGCAUGCAGACCGCCAUCAAUCUUGGUUCCGGUCUGAUUGCCGGUUUCGCCGCCGCCAUUGUCUCUCAGCCCGCCGAUACUAUGCUUUCCAAGAUCAACAAGACCAAGGGUCUCCCCGGCGAGGGCACGACUAGUAGAUUAAUCAAGAUCGCUAAGGAGCUGGGUUUCCGUGGUUCUUUCAGCGGUAUUGGUGCUCGUCUGGUCAUGGUUGGUGCUUUGACUGCCGGACAGUUUGCCAUCUACGGUGACCUCAAGAAGGCUAUGGGCGCUGUUGGAGGUGUCGAGAUCGCGAAAUAG